AUGUUUCGUCGUGGUGUUUCUGUUACCACAAAGGGAGUGAUGAAUGGGGUUUGCCUCGCCGCGUCCAUGCGCAGUCUACACUACACCCCACGCGUAAGGGAUGUCCAGUUCCUUAUGGAGGAUGUGUUUGAAAUGUACCCGCACUACGAAAAAAUGGGUCGUUCUGAUGUCAACAAAGAACUUUUUGAGAGUCUUCUUGAAGAGGCCUCAAAAUUAGCCACCCGCACACUUCUCCCGCUUUACACCUCCUCUGAUGAUGAGGGAUGUCAUUUGCUAAAGGAUGGAACGGUAAAAACACCCAAAGGCUUUAAAGAGGCGUAUGCAUCCUACAAGAAUGGUGGUUGGGUUGGGAUGUCACUUCCGGAGGAAUAUGGUGGACAGGGCUUGCCAGGGUCCGUUGGAUUUAUCUUAAGAGAGUUAAUGGCGACGGCCAACUGGUCUUUUGCCAUGUAUCCUGGUUUAAGUAUGGGUGCGGCAAAUACGCUUUUGGCGUGGGGAAGCAAGGAACAGAAUGAAGUGUACCUCACCAAACUUGUCAGUGGUGAGUGGACAGGUACCAUGUGCCUCACAGAGCCACAGUGCGGGACGGAUUUGGCGCAAGUGAAGACGAAAGCGGAACCGUGUGCGGAUGGUAGCUAUAAGCUAAAUGGCACAAAGAUAUUUAUUUCCGCGGGUGACCAUGACAUGACAGAGAAUAUUGUUCAUAUUGUCUUGGCAAGGCUGCCCGAUUCUGUGCCCACAACAAAAGGAAUUUCACUUUUCUUGGUACCACGUCAUGUAGUGAAGCCGGACGGAUCACUGGAGACGAAUAAAAAUGUCAAAUGCGUAGGUUUAGAGUCUAAAAUGGGAAUCAAAGGGAGUGCCACAGCCCAGUUAAGCUUUGAAAACUCGGUGGGAUAUCUCAUCGGAGCGCCUAAUGAGGGGAUGAAGCAAAUGUUUACUUUUAUGAAUACAGCUCGCGUUGGAACAUCCCUGGAAGGUGUUUGCCACGCCGAGCUUGCGUUUCAGAAUGCUCUCAAAUACGCGCGCGAACGUGGAUCCCAGCGUUCCCUCAGCGGGACGAAGUGCCCGGAUAGGCCUAAUGAUCCCCUUGUGUGGCAUCCAAAUGUCCGCCAGAACAUCCUUUUUGCAAAGGCUGUCGCCGAAGGUGGUCGGGCCUUUUUAACGGAUAUGGGUCGUCUGCUUGACAUUCAGGGUGAAGCAAAGGAUGCAUCACUGCGGGAUGCACUGGAGCACGAGAUUGGCUUUUACACACCCAUCGCCAAGGGAUGCCUGACAGAGUGGGGCUUGGAGGCUUCCUCACGCUGCCUGCAGGUAUGGGGCGGACAUGGAUACAUUAAGGGUAACGGCAUGGAGCAGAUUCUUCGCGACGCGCGUAUUUCUACGCUGUACGAAGGCACGACGGGUAUUCAAUCUCUUGACUUCAUUGGCCGCAAGGUUUUGAAAUCCAGGACGGAUGAAGUCGCUCGAUUCGGCGCCAAAGUGAAUGCACUUGUGCGUUCUCACUUCUUCUCUCGUGGUGUCGUUGGCAAAAGCUCUCGGCGUCUGUGGACGUUGCAGAAACAGUGGAGGUUGGCCAUCACGAAGGUGAAGAUGGGGGCCAUGAGCGACAUUGACUCCGUGGGUACCGCCUCGGAGGACCUGCUGAUGUGCACAGGCUACCUGGUGCUGGGCUACUACUGGCUGCGAAUGGCAAUCGCCGCGGAGAAGAAAGUUGCCGCCGGCCAAGAUCCAGAUGGGUUCUACCAAUGCAAAGUGGACCUCUGCCAUUUUGUGUUUCAAAAUAUCCUUCCACGGGCGGAUGCACACUUUCACAUCUUACAGGCCGGCUCCGAAAUUGUGAGGAGCAACGAGGCAGCGUGGGACCUCGCGUAA